GCGCUCGCAGCAGUAUGGUCUCCACUGAGAGCGCUUCUUCUACGUACGAGGAGCUGGCCAGAGCCUAUGAACAUGCCAAGAUGGAAGAACAGCUACGACACGCCAAGUUCACCAUCACAGAGUGCUUCAUCUCAGACACAUCCUCCGAGCAGAUGACCGCCGGCACCAACGAUUACACGGACAGUAUGACCUCCAGUACACCGUCAGAAUCAGGCAUCUGCAGGUUCACUGCGUCACCACCCAAACCCCAGGACGUCUGCAGGGUGAUAAACAUGGCCGUACCCAAGGCACACAGACCAGGAGGGGAGCUCGUACACCUGCCUCCGUACCUGCGGAUGGACUUCCUUUUGAACCGGGGUGUGUCGGGAGCGUCUCGGGAAGCAGCGAUGGGCCAGGCCUGUUUGGAGCCGCAGAAGACCCGCUCGCUGAAGCGCCCCGCCUUGCUGGAGCCGACGCCCAUGGAGGUGCCGACCAGCAGGGACGUGCAGCAGUGGCAGCCGGGCACGGCCUCGACGCUUCCGCAGAGAGAGGCCGGAACGGACUUGGCACAGGCUGCCAAAAUCAGCACCUCCCAGGAAUCGCUGCUGGACUCCAGAGGACACAUAAAACAGAGCAACAAUCCCUACGCAAAGUCCUACACACUGGUAUAACAAAGAUCGGACAAAUAUAAAACAUCAAGAGCAAAAAGCGAACUCUUCAUGUGCGGUUGUAUAUAUGUUUCCACUUCUACUCCUAACAGUUUCUUUAUUUUAUGCUUUUUUAAACAGUGAAUUCACUUCUUAAAGAGAACUCCACACACCCAGAGAUUGCCAAAAUGAUUUUAUUAUUAUUGUUAAUGAUGAUGAUAUUG